AUAAAAAAACGAAAAAAUUCGACGUUUUAUUAAUAUGUAACAUAACAGCUACGCUACGACGUUUAAAUAAAAUUCAAAAUUUCCAAAUUGUGCAGUGCGCGAGUGCUUGCAAAACACACAAAGACUGCGUGCUGUGCUGAGCCAGUCUCUCUCCAGCACCACGGUUGGCCGUCCAAGUCGAACGGGAGCAAGGAAAGAGUGAAGCAGCAGCAGCAGAAGAACCAAGUCCGAUAAGCUAAAGAACCGAGCUGUGUUGUCGCGCAAAAGAUGUGCGAUACAAGCGACAAGGCGCAGAAAUGGAAAUGUGAAACUUGCACCUAUGAGAACUAUCCAUCCUCACUGAAAUGCACUAUGUGCCAGGCGUCCAAGCCGCUGCUGAACGAGGAUAUCUUUCGUCUCAGUCCAGCAUUAGCAGCACCAGCAACAACAAUUCAAGACAGCGGCAGCUACAGCGCAGAGGAGGCGGCAGCUGGUCUGCCCGUGGAGCCAACAUCAACGUGCUUUGCUCGUCAGCAGCAACCACAUCAGCAACAACCCCAACAGCAGCAGCAACAGGCGCGUCAGAGCAAUGUAGCUGACAGCGAGAAAUGGGCCUGCAAGGUCUGCACCUAUUUGAAUUGGCCACGCAGCCUGCGUUGUGUUCAGUGCUGCACGAAGCGCGGCGGCGCCGCCAUGGACACAUAUGCAACCACGGCCAGCGAUAAAGACGCCAUCGAUUGUGUGGAUCGUGCUGGCGAAGCGCUGCAAGCACUGCGCAUCAGUGGGUCUGACACUGAACUUAAUGCACGUGGCGGCGUGGAUGCCGCAGAGAGUGGCAGGCAACUAAUUGGGGCAACUGCCUCGAAUUCAAAUCGACGCAACCUCAGUCCGAGCAUUGAUCAUCAGCAAAUCUGCAGCAACUCCACGCAUCUCAAUAAUCUAGCAAACACAUCUCAAAGCCAGCCGCAACAACAACAGCAACAGUUGACAAAUCAGCAACAGCAGCAGCAACAUCAACAACAACAGCAGCAGCAGAAUUCCUCAUCGUCCGCCGGACUGCAGAAGCAUUGCUUUAUCGCCAAAUGGGCCUGCAACUCGUGCACAUAUGAGAACUGGCCCAAGAGCUUGAAGUGCUCGAUGUGCGGUAAGACGCGAGAGAUUUGCGGUUCUGGAUCACAGGGGGAUUUGCAUGCUUGCGCCAGCAUGUCGGGCAGCAAUAAGCAGUUGAACCUGCAGGAUGAACAGCAGCAGCAACAACAACAGAACACAGACACUGUCAGUGUCAACAACUCCUUCAAUAAAAAGCAUAUUUACCAACUAGGUUCUUCGGAAACCAUUAACAACUGUGAUACGCUGCAGGAACGCCAGGAGCGUCGUCAGCGUCAGAUCAGGCGGCAGGUCGACUGGCAGUGGUUGAACGCUUGCCUGGGAGUCGUCGAGAACAACUACAGUGCCGUCGAGGCGUAUCUGUCAUGUGGCGGCAAUCCGGCGCGAUCAUUGACCAGCAACGAGAUUGCCGCCUUGAAUCGCAACUCGGCCUUCGAUGUGGGCCACACUCUCAUCCAUUUGGCAAUACGCUUUCAUCGGGAAGAGAUGUUACCCAUGCUGCUCGCACAGAUCUCUGGCUCUGGGCCGGGUAUAAAGCGUGUUCCGUCGUAUGUUGCUCCCGAUUUGGCAGCAGAUAUACGUCGACAUUUUUCCAAUACACUGCGCAUUCGUAAAUCCGGCCUCCCAUGUCACUAUGUGCAGAAACAUGCCACAUUUGCGCUGCCCUCGGAGAUCGAGGAGUUGCCCAUACCCAUACAAGAACAGUUGUACGAUGAGCUGUUGGAUCGUGAUGCACAGAAGCAGCUGGAAAUGCCACCGCCGGCUCUAAACUGGUCGCUGGAGAUAACAGCACGUCUGAGCUCACGUUUGCUGGUGCUAUGGAAUCGCAGUGCUGGUGAUUGUCUGCUGGAUUCAGCUAUGCAAGCCACUUGGGGCGUUUUCGAUCGCGACAACAUCUUGAGACGUGCACUCGCCGACACUCUGCAUCAGUGCGGACAUGUUUUCUUUGCGCGUUGGAAGGAAUAUGAAAUGCUGCAGGCGUCCAUGUUACACUUUACCCUGGAGGAUUCGCAGUGGGAGGAGGACUGGAGCACCUUGCUAUCGCUAGCAAGUCAGCCGGGUUCCUCUUUGGAGCAAUUGCACAUUUUUGCUCUCGCCCACAUCCUGCGACGUCCGAUAAUUGUGUAUGGCGUCAAGUACGUAAAGAGUUUUCGAGGCGAGGACAUUGGCUAUGCCCGAUUUGAAGGCGUCUAUCUACCUUUAUUCUGGGAACAAAACUUUUGUACCAAAUCACCCAUUGCACUAGGCUACACUAGGGGCCACUUUAGUGCUCUGGUGCCCAUGGAGCCAUUCUCACGCAUUGAUGGGCGUCGGGAUGAUGCCGAGGACGUUACCUAUUUGCCACUAAUGGACUGUGAGCUGAAACUCUUGCCCAUCCACUUUCUGUCUCAGUCCGAGGUGGGCAACGAGGAGACGAUGAUGAGGCAGUGGUUGGAUGUCUGUGUAACCGAUGGCGGUCUGCUGGUGGCCCAGCAAAAGCUGUCCAAGCGACCACUUCUCGUGGCACAAAUGCUGGAGGAGUGGCUGAAUCAUUAUAGACGCAUUGCACAAGUGAUAACAGCACCAUUUGUACGUCGACCACAUAUUACCCAUUAUUCGAGUGAUGGUGACUCUGAUGAGGAAUAGCACACAAAAUACACAGGUCAAAGGUCUUCUUAAUGCAAGUUCGUUUGAUCGAUCAAUGGAUAAUUGAAUUGGUUAUGAAGGUUAUUAUAUUAUUCAAAUUUAUUCUUAAUUUUUGGUAGCAGGCAACGGUUGAAAACGGUUGAUUUAAAUGCGAUGAUAGCAGCUCCUAUGCACAUGCAAUUAGCUAAUGGAAUCUAUAGAGAAAAAGCAAAAAAACGUAUAUAUAGAUACAUAUAUGUACACAUAUACAGCAAUUAUUAAGUUGUAGUUGCAGGCAAAACUGUGAAGGUUAUGCGAAAAAAGUACUAAAAUACAUAAAUUGAUAUACAUACACACACAAUAAUAUUUCAUAUCCGUUUCCACACACACACACAUACACAUACACAAUAAUGUUAGUGGAUUUUAGUCAAAUUUGUUCGCCGUGGGUCAACGAGAGUCAUUGUCAAAACAUUAUGAAAUCAUAAUUCAAUAUUAUACAGUAGUAGAUUAAAUUUGAGAAACAAUCUUUUUUAAGUCAACACAAUGCUUGGCCGAAUCGCGAAUUCAAAUUGAGAAGAAAAAACAGCAAAAAAAAUUCAAAACAUAUACAUAUAUAUCCAGAUAUAUGUAUGUAUAUAUAUGUAUGAUCCUUAUAUAUAUUUAUCUAAGUAUGUAUGUACUUUUAAACUACGCAAAAAAUCUCGAUGUACUAUUAAAUUUUAACUUGUGAAAAAGCACCAUGGGGUGAAUUGAA